ACGGACAGAGAGAGAGAGAGAGAGGUGACGCUCCGCUCGUCUCUGUGGCAACUUUUAGUUUGUUUUAAACUCUUCACCGAUAAUCACAACAGAGUGGAAUUCAACAAUGAGAAAGAGCGAGGUGCUCGCAGCAGAGGCCGUGUCGUGCCUGAAUAAAGCACUGUGCCACCUGAAGGACAUUUGGGAGGAGAUCGGUAUCCCCGAGGACCAGAGACUGCAGAGGACUAAUGUCGUCAAGAACCACAUUAAGAGUUUGCUGGAUAUGAUGAUCAGAGAGGAGGAGUCUCUGAAGACCAGACUCAUAAGCAGCAUCCAAAGCUGCAGGACCGAAAUGGAGAAGCUCUACCUGGAACUCCAGCUGCCCGUGUUUGAGGAGGAGACUGGCAUCAGCAUGCUCCAGCAGGAGAGGAACAUCCGUACCCAGGUGGAGGCUCUGAUGACGGAGAAGGCUCAGCGGAUGCAGCAGCUGAAGGCUCUGCUCGACCAGGACCAGGACCUCUGCGACAUCCUGUGCUCCAUGCCGUACGGCAUCCUUCCUCAAUCCGUCCCCACGCCGGAACAACUGGAGAGCUUCAGCCAGCACAUCGCCAACCAGAACACGGAGAAGGCGAGGCGGUACGCCGAGUUCACGGACCUGAAGAGGCGGAUCAUCUUGUACAUGGGAGAGCUGGACCACGUCCCCGAGACCAGCUUUGAGAAGGACGUGGUCUGUGAGGACGAGGACUCUUUCUGCCUCUCGAUAGACAACAUCACGUCACUCAAACUGCUUGUUUGUCAGCUGGAGGAGCGCAAGGCGGAGAACGAGGCGACAUGCGAGGCUCACCGGGAGAAGAUCCAGCGGCUGUGGGGAAGACUGGACGUGCCUCAGGAGGAGAGAGAGGCCUUCAACGAACACAUGGUCACAUCUAGGAAGAGGAACCUGGAAGCGCUACAAGCAGAAGUUCAGCGUCUGGAGGAGCUCAAGCGGCUGAACAUCCACAACGUGACGGACGCCAUCCGCUCUGAGAUCGCCGUGCUCUGGGAGAAGUGCUUCUUCAGCAGCGACCAGCGGCAGGCGUUCGCUCCAUAUUUUAGCGAGGAAGUUACUGAAGAUCUGUUAAGUCUGCAUGACGCUGAGAUCCAGCGCUUGAAGCAGCAUUAUGAGGAUCACGGGGAGCUUUAUGACGGCGUUCACCAGUGGGAGGACAGCUGGAGACUCUUCCUGCAGCUGGAGAAGAAAGCCACAGAUCCAACAAGAUUCACCAACAGAGGAGGGAAUCUCCUCAAAGAGGAGAAAGAGAGGUCUGAGCUGCACAAGAGCCUGCCCAAGCUUGAAAGGAAAUUAAAAGCCCAGAUCGAUGCGUGGGAAAGCGAACAGGAUCGUGAGUUUCUAGUCAACGGGCAGAAGUUUCUGCAGUAUGUGGAGGAACAGUGGGAGCUGCACCGAGUAGAGAAGGAGAUGGAGAAACAAGAGAGGCAUCUCAAGAAGAGCAAGCAGACCGAAGAGGAUAUGCUGUACGGGACGGCGGUACGGACCCCCACCAAACGCAGGCUGCUCGGCACUCAAACCCCAAUUAAAUCACGAAAGUUUAAUGCGACCUCCAGCAUUUCCAGCGGCACCUCUAACAGCACCAGCCGCUCCGUCUACGGCGGAACCCUCUGCCGCUCGCCUGCGCCCCGCCCGCCUCUGUCCGCUAACAAGGCUCCGGCAUCGUGGACGCCGGGUGGCGGUAAACCCCCCAACCCUCGGCUGCAGGGCUGCAACAAGGAGAACGAGGCCCAGCUGAAGGGGAGCCCUCUGAGCGGUGCGUUGCUGACCCCUGCUAGUCCACAGCCUAACUUCAGCAUAGCCUCUGUUGCCAGCACAUAUUCCCAGUUUGUGAGGGACUUGGGCGACACUGAACCUGUUCAGUCAAGCGAGAUCUGUCCAAGGCCUCUAACGCCAAGAUCCAGCACGACAUCCUGAACUCCACCACCUCUGACCUCUGACCUCUCCGCUCUGAGGGUAUCGCAGCGUGUUCCUCUCAAAGAAGUUCUGAUCUCCUCUGAAACGGAUCAGCGCAUCUCACUGCCAUACGCUUCUAUAAGUACAUGAAGGUGUAUAUAUAUAUAAAGUGUUAAGUCAGUGGUCUAUCACUGUCUGUAACAGGAAGAGAAACGUCUGUCAUAAAUUAACUAACACUACUUUGACUCACUAAACUUCGCCAGUUAUCGAGAUGUAAUGCAUGCUUGUAUUUUGUACCGCACAUUUUUUAUUUUUUUUUGCAUAAAAAAACGAAAGAAAUUUUAGCUUUCUGAUGUUGUGCAAUUCGGGGUUACAGGCCUAAUGUAUUAUAUAUAUACUUUGCACUUUUUUUAGAAAAAAAUAUAUAUUUGCAGUGCAUCGUGAAAUGUUAC